AUGGAAUCUCAAGAGACAGACGUUCUGGCGCAGCAGCCAGGCAACUACCAGAUCCGGGAGCGGUCGGCACAGGGGCUGUUUUCAGUGCGCGGGCUGGGGCAGCGCACGCAUGUGGACCAGAUGUACCUCAACGGGCUCAGCACGGUGGUGCCGUUCUGGAUCAGCAACGACAGCGGGCGGCAGCUGGAUGUUGUGGUUGACGUCACCAGCGGCGGUGCAGGGUCGAUCUGGGUGCAGCAACAGAACGCAAACUGGAGCGCAGUAUCGGCGCAGCAGCGGGCAUCAUACGUCUCGUGCGAGCUGGCGGACGGCACAGGUGAGCUGCGUGUGGUGUGCAGCCCGGCGGCGCAGCGCGAGUUCAGCGAGGUGCUGAACCUGAUGCACGAUGGGCAGCAGAUGAUGUUGGCGCUGGCGGCAGGCCAGACGGCCGAGGCUGUGCUGGUUCUGUGCGCAGCCGAUGAUGCGGGGGCGGCAGUGGGGGCAGCGGCAGCAGCCUCGGAGAGUGCCAGGGCCGACGAGGGGGCGCGUACGCACGGGUUCGUUGAAUGCAGUGGGCUGGUGAGCGUGCGCGCGGCAGGCGAUGGUCUCGAAGCGCACGUGCGCGGCAGCUUCUGCCAGUCGGUGCUGGAGAUGGAGCCGGCCACGUCGCGGGUGUACCUGGACGACUGCGUGGUCGGGCGCGUGUACGAGCGCGUGUUGCAGGUGCGCAACGCGUCGGCGAUUGCGCUUGAGUGGUCCGUGGCCGUGGUUGAGACGACGGACGCGGCGGCGCUGGGCACGGCGCUGCAGGUGCAGGGCCAGGGCCAGGGCCAGGGCCAGGGCCAGGGCCAGGGGGCUGACGGUGAAAUGGCUUGGCCCGCCGUGCCCAUUGGCGGCACUCUGGGCGCCGGCUGCUGCGUGCCGAUCGUCGUGCGGUACACGCCGCAGGCCGUGGGCGAGUUCCUGUGCCGCUUUGCGUUUUUGAACGCCAACGACGCGCGCAGCACGCGGCACUGGGUGUUCCGCGCGCGCGCCAGCCAGCGCGCCACGCCCCGGCGCGUCGAGCUGCUAAGCGCCGGCGACAUCGACUUUGGCGAGUGCACGAGCGGCGUAUGGUACCGGCGCGACGUGUCGCUCAAGAACGUCGGCGACGCGCCGGUGACGGUGCGGUUCCGCGUCGAGGGCAACGUGGGCGGGCUGUCCGUGCGCGUGCGCGACGGGGCGGCUGCGGUUGAGGUUUCGGCGGGUGAGGCGUCGGCGGGCGAGGCAUCGGCAGGUGAGGGCUCGACAGCGGCGGCCGGCGCGGCCGGGUCUGACGCCGACGCCGACGCCGACGAGUCUGCGUCGGCGGGCAGCGAGGCGGCCGGCAGCGGGCGGCGCGCUUCGGUGCAAACACAGGCCCAAAGCCAGGCGCCGAGCCAGGCGCAGAGCCACUCGGCCGCGCUGCUGGACGAGGUGUCGAUCAAGCCUGGCGCGGUGCGCACGGUGGCGCUGUCGCUGAUGGGCGGCGGCGCGGGCGGCGCGGCCGGGCAGUUCGUGCGGCAGUCGUUCACGCUGUUCUGCGAGUGCACAGCGGGCGGUGCGCAGGCCGAGCGGCUGUCGCUGCCGUGCGCCGUGGCCAUGUGCACGCCGGUCGUGCGCGUGACGCCCGGCGUGCUGGACUUUGGCGCGGUCGACGUCGGCACGCUGCAGUCGCUGUACCUGACGGUCGAGAACCCGUCGCCGGUGGCCGCGACGGUCGUGUGCGCGGUGGACUCCAAGGUCAUCAACUGCACGCGCGCGCCGAUCGUCGUGGCGCCGCGCCAGAGCGUGCGCGUGCGCGUCGACAUCUACCCGCGGCGCGUCAACGCGCGGUACCGCAAGCAGAUCAUCGUGCGCAACGUGCACAGCCGCGCCAACGACAGCGUCGUCGACGUGCGCAGCGAGCACGUCGACCAGCGGCGCAUGGCGUUCCACAACGUGUUCUACCGCACGCUGGUCGACGGCUGCGAGCAGAACUUCGUCGACUUUGGCGCCGUGCCGCUGCGCGCGCGCGCCGUGCGCCGCAUUGCGCUGGCCAACCUGUGCGCGUGCCCGGUGGCGCUGGAGCUGGCGCCCAGCGACGCGCGCAGCAUCACCGCCUACACGCCUGUGCGGCUGGACGACGCGGCCGCCGCGCGCGCAGUUGCGCAGCGCCUGCCGCAGCUGGAGCGCCAGGCCGAGAUGCACAGCACGCUGGAGCGCUUCCGCGAGCGCCAGCCGCCCAGGCAGGACGACGCCGACGAGGGCGCGCGCCGCCUGCACUCGCUGGCGCCCGACAUGUUCGUCGACAAGGCCGUCGAGCGCCGCCACGUGUGCCUGGUGCCGUUUGCGCGUGCCGCUGCGCCCAAGUCGCCCGUCGGCUACCUCGACGCCGCCGUGGCACAGGGCCCCGUGGCGGCGCGCCCGCGGCCAGCCGCAGCAGCCGUGGUGCGCAUCCGCGACGGGCUGCCGCCUGCUGCGGCGGGGCCUGCCCCCAAGCCAGGCUCCGCCGAGCCCUCCGUCGCCGCCACCAUCGCGCGCGCGCACCGCAUCCUUGACGAGAUCACGCAGCACCUGGACAUGGUGCCGCAGACGCUAUUCGCGUCGGCCGGCGCCGAGGACGAGUACGUGCGGCGCCAGGUCGACCUGCGCAACUACGUCGGGCUGCUGGUCGAGGCCGGCUUCCUGCGGCCAGCCGCGCGGCUAACCCUGCCGGCGGCGGCCAAGGUGCCGGUGGUCGUCAUGCUGUGCCCGGACGCGGCGCCCGACGACAGCGCGCUGCGGCUCGACGCCAACCUGUACUUCACGCUGGUCAACCGCCCGGCCAGCCUGCUGCCGUUCACCAGCGCGCGCGCGGCGGCGCCGCCGGCCGGCGCGAUCGCCAGCCUGGGCUCAUCGUACCAGCUGCCGGUGCGGCGCUUCCUGCUCCAGGCGUCGCUGCGGCGCUCGGAGCUGGAGAUCGGCCAGAAGAGCAUCAACGUCGGCAACAUGCAGGUCGACGAGGCCUGCAGCAAGUACCUGGUGAUCCAGAACCGCGCCGAGGACGCGCUGAUGUACGCCAUCCGCAAGACCGGGUCGAUAGCGUCGGGCGACAUCCGCUUCGUCGACAGCAACCGCUACGGCGUCGUGCGCGCCUUCGACAGCCGCAAGAUCGGCUUUGUGUUCAGCCCGUCGCUGACCGGCGUCUACAACGAGCAGAUCUCCAUCGCCAACGUGGUCGACCCGCAGGGCGCGCGCACCGCGACGCUCAAGGCCGUGGUGCGCCGCCCCACAAAGUUCUACAUCAAGACACUGGGGCUGCGCUUUGCACCGCAGCCGUGCGCCGAGCCCGGCCGCCGCAGCAGCGACCUGCAGCUGCUGGUCGUCAAGAACAUGACCGCCAAGACGCGCCGCCUCGUCACCGAGGAGAAGAUCGAGGCGCUGGAGCAGAAGGUCAAGAUCGCCGAGCGCAAGAACCGCCCCGAGAAGGUCGACAACCUGCGGCCGGUGCCGGGCCGGGCCGGGGCUGUGGCCGGCGCCAAUGCCGCGCCCGCCGCCGGCCUCAUCGAGCGGCUGGCCGGCGACUCGCGGCUGAUCGUCACGCUGCCGCCCGACGGCGACGCGAGCAUCCCGGUGGCCGUGGUGCCGCGCGCCGUCGGGCCCGCGCCUGCGCGCAGGCCUGGCGCCGGGCCGGUGAGCGGCCAGUUUGUCGUGCACGAGGAGAAGGACACGGACAACGCCAAGGUGGUGACGGUGACGGCCGAGCUGGUCGAAGAGGAUUGCGCGGGCGAUAGAAUGGGCGAUUGA